CAACGCUGGACUCCACUUGCAGUCUUGCCUCGGUGCAGUGAGCAGUGCGCAGGUAUCGGUGCUUGAUUAGUUCUUGCCUCACUUACGACACAGAACUGAUCAAAAUUCCUGGUGACAUCGAUUGAGUGAAUUGGGGGUAUAUUACUGUGCGCAAUUAGGAUUAUCAUGAACCGCAAGGCGUUCGCUCUAUGGAUGCUACUCGGCAUCCUUGUCGUCACGGAAGCGUUGCCCGACAAGCUCGACGACUUGCACGACCAGCGUGAAUCUCGCAGCGAUCGUGACGACGAUGACGAUGAGAAGCGGCCGUACAGCUUCGCAUGGGAGGCCUCACGUCAUUACCACGGCGCACCAGACCGGGAGCACAAGGAAGAGAGGGGCGCUGAUGGCAUCACUAGAGGCGUUUACAGGUACGUUGACCCUAGCCUGCGUGUUCAAGAAGUGAUCUACACUGCAGACGAUCAAGGCUUCCAUGUGGAGGGCACCAACCAGCCCCAGUACACUGAUGCCCAGAUCGCUGAGCGCGAGCGCCACGCUCAACUCUUCCAGAAGAUUGCUGAGGAACACUCCAAGAUUGGCUCCGAGCAUGCGCUCAGGGCUGCCGAACUGGGAUAUGAACCUCAGACAUACGACGCUCCUAUCAAUGUGGAGUACCCAGACGGCAACGUGGAUCCAGCCUCACUGCCGCAGUUCACGCCGGUGCUGGAAAAAGCUCGCAACUUGCACCAGGAUUUGUUUGAACGAAUAAAAGCUCAGCACGCCAGGAUUGCAGCGGAGAGGAAAACUAAUCCUGCUGAUGAGGAAACUGGGGGACCAUAUGAAUAGUAAUUAAAUAAAUAUUUUAUAAUUUGUUUGAUAGCCAUAUGAAUAGUAAUUAAAUAAAUAUUUAUAAUUCGUUUGAUAGAAAUUAGUGCGUUUUUAAAGACCUUGACUGCUUCUCUUCUUGGCUGCUGACAUUUCCGUAACAAAUAUUUAUUGAUUUAGAUAAAGGUAAUUUAGUUCGGUAAACUGGACAAUUCAUGCUUGUAUUUCAUAAGCAGUAGAUUAUGAAUUGAUCUACAAGUACUUCAGACGAGUAUCUUGGAUCUACUCCUACAUUCAACUUCUUGCUGAUGAAAAAUAUUUCAGAUGAUAUAUUACUUAUAAUAAUUCCUCCAUAUUCUGUCUCCUAUUUGUGUUUCGUUAGCUACGAUGAGUUUUUAAUAUGGAAAAAAAAUUCUUGUAUGUCUGUCUUAAUUUUUAAAUUUUCUUCAUGUUUAUAUCAGGAGCUGUCACAAUUUUCUUCAUAUCAGGAGCUGUCCUGUUCACCCGACAUGAUUUCCCAACAAGAUUUUGAAAUUUACUUAUUUCUAUAAGUAACAGUAUAUGAACCUUAGGUACAUGUAAUUUAUGACAUUUUAUCAUCGUUUCUUUGGAGAAAAACUACCUACUUGAAUGUUUUAAAUUCUAUCUUGUAUCUUCUGUCCUGCAUAAUGAUCUUCAUAGAAAUACAUCGGUAGGUAUUUAUUGAAUCGAAAUCUUGAUGAUAUGUUACCUUCUGUAUCUGAUAUACUACAGGCCGAACAAUUUCAGUCAUUCGUUAAUAUAAUUUUGUUUACAGUUUGCGAGAUUAAAAUGUUAUGUUCAUUCUCAAAUGAAAUAGUUGAUAAAUUU